AUCGCCACCAUCAAGAACAGGGGGAAGGGGAAGAAGAAGAAGAAGGAGAAGAGGAAGAGGAAGAGGACGAGGAGGAGCGACCAAAUACUGUGGAUCGCGGAACUAGAGAAAGAGGGAUCUCCAGGAGUAGGAAUGGCGGAAGGAGAGAAGAGAGGAGGGGAGAGGGGAGAAGAGAGCGUGAAGCUGUUUGUGGGACAGGUACCUAAGCACAUGACGGAGGAGGAGCUCAUGGACCUGUUCAAGGAGGUGGCUCUCGUCGACGAAGUCAGCAUCAUCAAGGACAAAGUCACCAAGGCGUCCCGAGGUUGCUGUUUCCUGUUCUGCCCGUCGCGGCAGGAGGCCGACAAGGCGGUCGCGGCGUGCCAUAACAAGCGGACGCUCCCCGGUGCUUCUAGUCCAAUGCAAGUGAAGUAUGCUGAUGGUGAGCCGGAAAGGCUAGAGCACAAGCUUUUCAUUGGAAUGCUUCCAAAGAACAUAUCUGAUACUGAAGUUGCAGUGUUAUUUUCAAAAUAUGGUACUAUUAGGGACUUACUGAUCUUGAGAGGUUCUCAACAAAUAAGUAAAGCAGGCUGUGCAUUUUUGAAAUAUGAAACAAAAGAACAGGCUUUGACAGCCCUUGAAGCCUUAAAUGGGAAACAUAGGAUGGAGGGUUCAAGUGUGCCUCUGGUUGUUAAGUGGGCUGACACAGAAAAGGAAAGGCAAGCUCGAAGGGCACAAAAAGCUCAAUCUCAGGCAUCUAAUGUUUCUAAUCCCAGUUCAAUGCAGCAGCCAUCAAUAUUUGGAGCAUUACCAAUGGGGUAUAUGUCUCCAUAUAAUGGAUAUGGGUAUCAGCCACCUGGAACUUAUGGACUUAUGCAGUAUCCUCUAGCUUCAAUGCGAAAUCAAGCUGCAUUUCAUAAUAUGAUCCCAUCAGUUAAUCAAGGUAAUGCAGUGCGUGGGAUCAGUUCAGAUGUUUCUCCAGGCACAGGACCUAGAAAUUUAAAUACAACCCAACCCGGUGGCUUCAUAGGUUCACCAUAUCCCAUAUUGUCAGGUCUUCAAUAUCCAUUGGCAUAUCCAGCGGAUAGUGGGCAUUUGGGUGAUUCUAAUGGUUCAGGCCAUCCUGUUAAUAUUAAAACCAACCCAGCAAAAUCUUCAAGCCCUACCACAAAUUCUGGAACUCAGAUAGAAGGCCCUCCUGGAGCUAAUUUAUUUAUAUAUCAUAUUCCACAAGAAUAUGGCGAUCAAGAGCUCUCAAAUGCCUUUCAGGGAUUUGGCAGGGUUUUAAGUGCUAAAGUGUUUAUAGACAAAGCAACUGGUGUUAGUAAAUGCUUUGGUUUCGUCAGUUAUGACACGCCUGCAGCUGCCCAGGCUGCCAUCAAUGUGAUGAAUGGCUUCCAAUUAGGUGGUAAGAAGUUGAAGGUACAACUUAAGAAAGAAAACAAAGUAAACCACAUAAAUGGUGAAAUUCGUUUAUGAGGAAGUAACAUUUCCUACAUCAUGUAAUCUCUGGCAUAUACCAAAGCUGUGGCCUUUGUUGUCUGUAAUACAAAUACAAGAUGAAUGCAAGAUAAUUGAUUAUUCUAAUUUGCUCAUUUUAUCA